AUGAUAUUCUCAGCAGCAAGACAAUUGGUUGUGGUACUAGGAGAGGCAAAUUCUAUUAUCUGGACUUGGGAUCUGACAGUGAAGCUAGACUCAGUCACACUUACAAAAUUAGGGGUACGAGUGUUGAGAAGCAAACUUCCGAAGUAUGGUUAUGGCAUUGCCGUCUUGGACAUGCUUCAUUUGGAUAUUUACGGAAGCUAUUUCCUUCCUUAUGUUCCCAGUUAA